AACUGACUAACAAUGCACACUCUCAAUUCUUCUGACAUUGAAAUCACCACCUUCUUCCUCAUUGGAAUCCCUGGGCUGGAGCAUAUGCACAUCUGGAUCGCCAUCCCUAUCUGCCUCAUGUACCUAGUGGCCAUCUUGGGUAAUUGCACCAUCCUCUUUGUGAUCAGGACAGAGCCCUCGCUCCAUGCCCCCAUGUACUAUUUCCUCUCCAUGCUGGCCUUUUCGGACCUGGGCCUGUCCCUCUCCUCACUCCCCACUAUGCUGAGAAUCUUCUUGUUCAAUGCCACAGGCAUUUCUCCAAAUGCCUGCUUUGCUCAGGAAUUCUUCAUCCAUGGAUUCACCGAUAUGGAGUCCUCGGUUCUUCUGCUUAUGUCCUUUGAUCGCUUUUUGGUCAUACACAACCCACUGAGAUACAAUUCUAUCCUGACCAGUGCCAGAGUGGCCAAAAUAGGGCUGGUAUUUCUCAUUAAAAGUAUGCUAUUGGUGCUCCCAUUUCCUUUCACUCUGAAAAGAUUAAUAUAUUGUAGGAAAAGCCUACUUUCCCAUUCCUACUGUCUCCAUCAGGAUGUCAUGAAGCUGGCCUGCUCUGACAACACCGUCAACUUUUUCUAUGGUUUCUUUGUUGCUCUCUGUAUGAUGUCAGACAGUGUGUUCAUCGCUGUGUCCUAUGUGUUCAUCAUAAAGACUGUGAUGGGAAUUGGAUCCCAUAAAGAGAGGCUCAAGGCCCUCAACACCUGUGUCUCUCACAUCUGUGCUGUGCUCCUCUUCUAUGUGCCCAUUAUUGCUUUAGCCUCCAUGCACCGCUUUGGCAAGCAUCAAUCUCUAAUGGCCAUGAUCCUCACUGCCGACAUUUUCUUGCUAGUGCCACCUCUGAUGAACCCUAUUGUUUACUGUGUGAAAACCCGGCAAAUUCGUGAAAAGGUUCUGGGGAAACUGCGUCUGAAACUAAGAUAA